AUGGCCUCUGGAAGAAGAAACGACAGUUAUUCAAUAUCACCAGAUAUAAACCAUUCUGAUCAUAUCAAUCAUACUAUAUUCAAUAACAACAACAGCAACAACAACAAUAACAACAAUAAUACUAAUACUAAUAAUAAUGCAUAUGGUAUCAAUAACUUUGCCCCUCCAACUACAUUUGAUCGCUCUAAUGAUCCAUAUACUGGCCUUGGAAUUCCUCAUAAUGAAAUCAUCGAUCAAUCAUCUCUCCCUGAUAGUGAGAAAGUCAUUGAAGUCUCUCCCAAUGAAAGGUAUAUUCGUCUUAAUACUUUACUUGGAAAAGGUGCUUAUAAGGUGGUCUAUAAAGCUAUUGAUCGAGAAGAAGGUUAUGAAGUAGCAUGGAACUCUAUUCAGGCAAUGCGAACACCCAGCAACAAAGAACUUGAUCAUGAAAUACAAAUUUUGAAAUCAGUUAGGCAUCCCAAUAUCAUUGCUCUUCAUGAUGCUUGGCACACAGAUAAUGAAUUUGUGUUUGUGACAGAAUUGAUGACUUCAGGUACUUUACGUGAAUAUAUUCGCAAACUAUCACCUUUACCCAACCUCAAGAUUGUAAAGCGAUGGUCAAGACAAAUUCUCAAGGGUUUGGUUUAUCUCCAUGAUCAUCAUCCACCUAUCAUCCACAGAGAUAUCAAAUGCGAUAAUAUUUUCAUCAAUGGUGCACAUGGUGAAGUCAAGAUUGGUGAUAUGGGUACAGCUGAAAUGAAAAUGGGCAAAAAGUAUACUGUGAUUGGCACUCCCGAAUUUAUGGCUCCUGAAAUGUAUGAAGAACAAGGCUAUAGUGAAAAGGUGGAUAUCUAUGCAUUUGGAAUGUGUCUAUUGGAAAUGGCGACAGGUGAAUAUCCUUAUGGUGAAUGUACAAAUGCGGCUCAAAUCUAUAAAAAGGUGUCAGCUGGUAUCAAGCCUGCGUGUUUGGCUAAAGUGACCAAUCCUGAAGUCCUUAGUGUAAUUGAAAAUUGUUUGGGACCCGAAGAUGAACGUAUGUCAGCUCAAGAUAUUUUGGAACAUUCCUUAUUGGCAGUGGAACCCGACGUUGUAUUAUUAGCUACCGAUUUGAAUCACAUCCAUCUUACACUUCAAGUAGUAUUCAAAGGUAUGGAUAAACUUUCAGUGAAAUUUGAUUUCAAUGUGGAAACAGAUACAGCAGAACAAGUCGUGCGUGAAAUGAUUGAAGAACAAGUCCUACCAGAAAGAUACCAACAACAUAUCACCAAGGAAAUUAACCGUAUACUUAGGGAUAUGGACAAAACUGACGAAUCUCAGCAAUCUAACAAACGAAACGAUGGUGACGAUGAUGACCCGACUCAACCCUCUAUUUGGCGACGUGAAAAGGAUAUCCGCUCGGAACUUGAAAAGACACGUUUGGAAUUACAACAAGUAACGGAACAUGUGAUUGAAAUGGAAGCCAAAUGUGAGGAUUUCGAGGCAAGAGCAAGAUCGGCUGAAUCAAAAUGUCGUGAUGCUAUGAGGAACCUACGUGAUCUUCAACAACAAGAUGAUACUUCUUUACAACAACAACAAUCUACUACUACUACUACUUUGUUACAUCCGAUUCCCAUCGUGGCUGUACCUCCUUCAUCAUCAUCUUCUCUUAUGGAAUCAUCUUUAUCUCAAGAAGGAUCAAGACUUACUCCUGAACCCAACGUAUAUAUGACAUUAUCUGAUGAUGACAAAACAAAAGAUCAUCAUCAUCCACAACAACAACAACAUACCGAUAAUGGUGUACCAUCAAAUGCUCUAGUAUCUCAUAUUGUGGAUGAAUAUGGUGAUGAUACAAAUAUUGAAGUGUUUGUACAAGAUUGUGCCAUGGCCGUACAUCGAAGUUUGGAAAAAGCACAUGAAUGGAUCAAGAAACUUCAAAAUCAAGAUAUCAUGACUGUGGGUGAUUUACGAGAUUUACAUGAUGAAGAUUGGGCUGGUAUUGGUUUGACGGUAUUUGCUCUACGUGCCUUAAAAAACAUGUUGAAAGGGAAACGUUUACAAGCCAUUCAACCCAACAACAAUUAUACCUCUCCUGCUACUUCUGCUUAUUUGUCUCCUUCCCCUCCUCCUCAAUGA